AUGAUGUUGAGUGCGGAGGAAGCGGCCGCAGUGCUUGAGGUCGGUUUUGCGGGUGAUUGUUACAUUGAUCCAGUGCUGGGGAACAAUCCGCGAAAGUAUCACGAGUUCAUUUCAGACCUGAUCGAUUGCAACAUUCUGACUUUUACCGAUUCACCCAGGGUUCAGGUGGGAGUUUUUGUUGUAACAAAGAAGCAGCAGCGCCAGCGUUUGAUCAUCGACGCUCGACGGUCAAAUCGCUUAUUCAGGAGCCCUCCUACGACUUGUCUGGGCUCCGUCGAGUCGUGGACACGGCUCGAAGUUCAAGGAGGUGGCCCAUUGUUCAUGGCACAAGAGGAUGUGAAGGAUUACUUCUACAGACUAGGCAUCAGUCGAGAGUUAGGGGAGUACUUCUCUUUGCCGGCCAUUGACCCUCAGCUGCUGUUGGAGGUGCGCGGGAGUCUCCCGCCGGAUCUGGUGGCUCUGGUCGAUGUGUCGGGAGCUCGGUUACAUCCAUGUCUCAAGGUGUUGCCGAUGGGGUUCUCCUGGGCCUUUCACUUGGCACAUGAAGCUCACGUGGAAGUCGCUCGCAGGGUGCUCACCAAGACCCCAGUCGUUCGAGAUCGGCGACCUCCGCCUCGUAUUGGAUGUGAGGACGGGGAGCACACAUCGGCUAUGCUUAUUUAUGCGGACAAUUGCAACCACCUCGGCAUUGACAGGAUUCAAGUCGAUGACGAGCAGGCUCGAGUUCGAGAGGAGCUUCGCAAACAUGGGCUGGACACUCACGAUGUGAUCAGUGGUAGUCUAAUGGUUGAGAGCCUCGGUGUCAGAAUUGAUGGCAUGUGCGGCAAGGUGCAGGCUACUCCAAACCGCGAUUGGCGGCUGGAUCGGGCCUUACGUGCCUGCCAGGCCUCUCCAGCCCUCUCAGGAGAGGAGCUCGAGGUCUUGAUUGGUCACAUGACAUCCAGAGCACUACUUCACCGCGGUUUGAUGGGCAUCCUGAGGCCCAGCUACACCUUCGUAAGGUCGAACUACACGCGGAGGCGCCGGCUAUGGGACAGCGUUCGUCAUGAACUGGAGCUGUUCCGAUGCCUCAUGCCGCUAGCCCUCUGCACGGACGCGUGUCCCAGCGGAUACGCCGUCUGUGAAAGCGACUGGAGCGCUCACGAGGCCGCAGAGGUCGGGCGUGAGGACGAGAGAUGGAGAUACUAUCGUGGACCCGUCGAUCGCCCGGGCCCCCGAGCAGCUGCACUCGACACUGGUCUGGUUUUUGAAGACCCGUUGACCGUCAAACCGGAGGUGGAUGGAGAGCUUUUCGGGGAUAUCUGUGAGGAUCCCAGCUUCCCGGAAGUACACCAGUCUUUGAUGACUCCUAGCCGUUGGCACGUUUUAUGGGGCAGCCCGAUUAGGUGGAGCGAUGCCAUUCACGUCUUGGAGGCCCGAAGUGUGCUCGGUGCCAUAAAGCAUCGGUGCAGGGAUUCGGAGAGACAUGGGAAGCGCAUCACCGUGUUAAACGACAACCUCGGAGUGGUCCUUGCGGUUCAAAAGGGGAGAUGUGCAAAUUAUGGAAUCCUCAGAAUCAUCAGACGCAUAGCUGCUCAUUGUCUAGCCACUGGCAUCCGUUUACAUGUACGAUGGGUGCCUUCAGAGGUUAAUGUUGCGGACCAACCAAGCCGGUGGUGGGAGCCCGAUGGGCCGCCCUCUUUUCCCUCUGGCCAAAUCAAGCGCGCUGGGCAGGGGAUCGAAGAGGAAAGUGUCAGUCCUUACCGUGCAGGAGGUCAAGAGGGCGAACGCGAGGAUGAGAAGUCCAGAGCUCGAGGAUGUUUGCGUCAGGAGGGAAACCUCCCGCAGCAGGAGCCGAUCCCCUGUGGCAGGGGGAAAUCGGACACGGGAUCCAGCCUUAAAGAGGCGACUCCAGAGCCACAGAAAGCGGAUGGAAAGGGCGAGGCGAAGACAGAGAGAGACUACUUCAACAGGCUCGAGAAGUUUUACGGCUUCGCGAGGUUCCAUCAGAUCGACAUAAAGGUGGAAUCAAAACUCGACGAGGCGCUGUGCGACUACGCAGAUCACCUGUAUCUCAAUGGCGAGAGCUCUACUGCAGGACAGAAGCUACAAGCUGCAUUGGAGUACGUUCGUCCCGAGUGUGUCAGGGGGAAAGACGAGCUGGCUAUCUUCAACGAGGUCAGUUUCUCGACUUACGGCCGACCUGGAGAGCUGUUAAAGAUGAAAGCCGAGGACUACGUCGAGAAGAACCAGGACUACCGCUACCCGGUCCUUAUCCUCGGCGAUGUUCGCGUCCCAUGGCUGGACACAGUUCUGAGAGCUCACGUCAAACAGAGGCUGAGGCAGGACGGAGUGGAGGCCAACCUUUGGAGUUUUACGGCCAAGCAGUACCUAGAGUCCUGGCGCAAAGCCGUGGAAAUCCUGGAGGUGGAAGAGGUGGCAAAAAGCCGCUACCAGAAUCGACACGGGGGCGCGAGCCGAGAUCACCUUCUCCGCCUUCGUUCGGUGCAGGCCAUACAGAGACGUGGUCGUUGGGCAUCGGACAGCAGCGCGAGGAUUUACGACAAACCGGGGAGACUUCAACAGGUGCUGAACAAGCACGACGGUGGUCGGCUGAAAGAGUUCGGGGAGGCUGUGCGUGCCCAUUUCGGCGACUGGUACCGCAGUGGUUCCUGCCGAGUCCCGAAGGACAUUCGGAAACGCGUACAGACGCUUUCAAAGGGUGCAUUGUGCAUUUUCAUGCGGUUGGUAUUGAUCUGCCUUGUCACACUUGGAGUGGCGCCAGAAGAGCUCCACGUCAUUCCAAUUUCCCAGGCCCUCUACGUGGAUUCGAUUAUCCUGAUGUGA